AUGUCAUACACCAUUACGACCAUUUCUGGUCGUUGGCUGUCAAUGCUUGACUUUCUUGUAACGAGGAAGCGGUUGACUUUGCGCCCAUGUUAUCCACUAACACCAGGAGCGAAUGGAUGUCAUCGGCGCAAAGUCAACCGUGUCCUCGUUACAAGAAAAUCCAUUUGUGCUGAUGAUAACCACAAAGCGAGCAGCCGGCUUUUUUCGUUGAAGCUGGCACCUAACCUUGAAGUUCUAUUGGAAAAAAGAGAUGAUUUUAAGGAGCAUAUGUCCAGCAAACCAGGAACGUCGAGUCAAACUACAUGUGCAGACGAGGAGAAAAAGUCUAGACUACUCCAUGAGGCCCUUACAAAAGCUAGCGCUGUUCGUGCAAGCAAAAGGAUGCAGUUUCCUUUGCAACAUGUUGCCAAGGGUUACCAUAGACGAGAAACACCGAAGCUCGUCUCGGAUGCUUUCCUCGAACAGCUUCCACUGGUUUCUGAAAAAUCAUGGAUGUAUGAACGUUUAUGCCACCUCUACAAUGACCUGCAACGACUUGCUGUAAAAGCAAUGCAAUCGUACGGCACAACAAUUUGUUUGGAACCAGAAUCGUCAUCAACCUCAUCGCAGCUUACGGAUGUUGAACUCAUCAAAUGUCACCCUCUAAUGCCAGUACUUCAGUUAUUGUGCGAAAAAUGCGGUGAUGCAACACAUACAAUGCAACCGAGAGCUUUUCAAAUGAACGACGUUUGUCAGGAAAAAGGCCAGGAUAGCGAUGACAACAGUGAGAGCAAGAGAUGUUGA